GUAGAGACUAAAGAAGUGUAUUUUCUUUAUCAAGUAUGGAUGCUGAGAUAUUUAUAUUUUAGUGUAGAAUGUAUGAUGUAAGUGUAUCUGAUGUUAUUUUUAUGAUGAUGAUUUUAUUAGAAGUAAGCCAGAUCAUCACACCCUCCAAACAUUUACCGAAUACUGAGGAAGUGCUAGUGCUAUUAACAUCAGUAGUUUUGGAAGAUCUGGACAGGGUAAAGUUCUCCAUCACCGGUAACAAGGUUCUCAGUAACCUAAAGAUCAAUGGUCUUGCUCCUGAGGUUCCCUGGGAUCUUUACCAUAUUAUCAAGAAUGCCGUCUCCAUCCGAGUAAUAAGCAUUUGGAACGCAACUAACAGAAAGAAUAAGGAUUCCAAGUAUUGUUUAAUUCAGAGGAAUAUAGAUAGGAUAUGGAUAUAACACCUAUUACCUCUCCUUAAUCCCGUAGCAUUUAUGUCCUAAGUGGUAUGGAUGAGCACAUUGUCUUUCACGAAGUUAAAGGUUUAAAUGUGACAAUUGAUUG